GGCGGGGCCUCGCGGGUCACCUGCAGCGCCGGUGUACUCGGGCUGCAUCCCACUCUCACCCGGGCAUCCCUGGCGACAUGACGGGUGACCCGCAGGGCUCGGAGCCCGUCCGCUUGGGGCCCCUGAGGCCGCUGUGCCGGGCCCUCGGGCUGCUGCUGCCCGUCUACCUCUGCGGACGGAUCGGCCUCGGCCUCUCCUGGAUUCUCCUCGGACUUUUUCUCUGGAUUUUCUGGAACCGAAACAAAAAGUCGAAACUCGCCCGAAUGCGGGCGGCCUGGGAGCUGCUGGAGAACGAGAGCCUGGAGGUGACCCGCGGGCUGAGCGCCCACCAGCUGCCGGCCUGGGUGAAUUUUCCAGAUGUUGAACGGGUCGAAUGGAUCAACAAGGUUGUGCGGCAGAUGUGGCCUUACUUUGGAAUGUAUAUGGAGAAACUUUUUCAUGAGAAGAUUGAGCCACUGAUCAGAGCAUCGAAUGUUCAUCUGAAUGCCUUCACCUUCACGAAGAUCCACUUUGGAGAAAAGUCCCCCAGGAUCAAUGGGGUGAAAGCCUACACCAAGAAGGUGGACAAGAGGGAGGUGAUCCUGGACUUGCAGCUCUGUUACACCGGAGACUGUGAGAUUAAUGUGGAGGUGAAGAAGUUGUGUAAGGCCGGAGUGAAUGGGAUACAGGUACACGGGACGCUGCGGGUGAUCCUGGCGCCAAUCCUGGCCGAUGUGCCCUUCGUGGGAGCCGUCACUAUGUUCUUCAUCCACAAGCCGCAACUGGAUAUUAACUGGACCGGCCUAACGAACAUCCUGGAGAUCCCGGGGGUCAGCGACAUGUCGGAUGGGAUGAUAGUCGACCUCAUCGCGUCCCAUCUGGUGCUGCCCAACCGAUUCACGUUCCCUCUGAGCGGCCAGGUGAAUACGGCCCAGCUUCGCUUCCCCGUACCGCAGGGCGUUUUGAGAGUUUAUCUCCUCGAGGCCGAUCACCUGAUCCCGAAGGACAAUUAUCUGAAGGGCAUCAUAAAGGGCAAGUCUGACCCGUACGCCAUCCUGAAGGUGGGCAACCAGAGCUUCAAGAGCCAGACCAUCAGGGAGAACCUUAACCCUCACUGGAACGAGAUGUACGAGUUCGUCAUCCAUGAGGUUCCCGGGCAGGACCUGGAGGUCGAUCUCUAUGACGAGGAUCCAGACAAAGACGACUUUCUGGGGAGUCUGGUCAUUUGUCUGGAGGGCGUCAUGAAGGAUCGGAUGGUGGAUGAGUGCUUCCCGCUCAGUGACGUAGUCAGCGGAUCCGUCCAUCUGAAGCUCGAGUGGUUCUCCCUGCUGGCUGCUCCAAAUAAGCUGCAGGAGGCGACAAAUGGUUUGUCCACCGCCAUGAUCAUCGUGUAUUUGGACAGCGCCAGUUGUUUGCCGAGAAACCAUUUUGAAUAUUCAAACAGCGAGUACUCGGUCCAGAAGCAGCGGAACACCCCAUCCCUGAAGAGUGAGAAGGAGCCCAGCUCGUAUGUUGUCAUGUAUGUGGGGAAGAAGUCAGUGAAGAGUAAGACCUGCUCCGGCACCAUGGACCCCGUGUGGGAACAGGCCUUCGCUUUCUUCAUACAGAACGUCCAUAUGCAGCAUCUUCACGUGGAGGUGAAGGCCGAGAACUGGCAGUGCGCCCUGGGCAUGCUGGACUUCCCGCUGCAUCGCCUCCUGACCAGCGAGGACAUGACCAUGGACCAGAAGUUUCCACUCACUAACUCCGGGCCCAACAGCUUCAUCAAGAUGAAGAUCAUCCUGCGGGUUCUGCACAUUGAGGAUCCAGACCCGGACUCAGUCUAUGCAGGAAUUAACUCCUUGAAGCACGGACCAGUCUCCAUUAGGCAGAAGUCCCAAGAGAAAUCCCAUGGAAACCAACGCAAACCCAGUGACUCCCAGCAGCGUCAGCAGAUUCACUACGUCCCACAGAACAAGCUGACGCGGAAGGAGAGCAUGGACAGCGCCAGCCAGCGCAUCAACCAGGCAGGCUCCGUUCAAAAAGUAACCCCCCAUCAGACCCCAGGACAGGCCGCUCCUCGCACCCCCAACCUGAAACACCUGCAGAGAAUGGCACCCAGCCUCAUCUCACUCAGCUCGGUGGCCUCCUCAGUGUUUGACCCCAGUGAGGACCCCAGUGGUCCUGGUGUGGUGACUGGAGAGAUCAACAUCUCUGUCCGAUACGCGUCACUGCGGCGCUCCCUCAUUGUGUCCAUCAAUGGCUGCAGGAAUCUGAUCCAGUGCUCAAACCAUGGAGCUGAUCCCUACGUCCGCAUCUACCUGCUCCCGGACCGGAGGUGGGCCAGCCGCAAGAAGACGACGGUGAAGAGAAAGACCCUGAACCCCAUCUACAAUGAGAGGUUCGAGUUUCUGGUUUCCCUUGAAGAUGCCAAGAAACGGACGCUGGACAUCGCAGUGAAGAACAACCGGCCGUUUGGAUCCCAUGAGAGGAAGGAGAUGGGGAAGACGCUGGUGGACCUGUCCAGAGAAGAUAUCGAACAGGGAUUCACCGACUGGUUUGAGCUGACGAUGUCCGGCCACCCGACCGCCUGAUUUCCGGCAGCCGCCAUUUUAUCUGGGUGUAAAUAUGUAGAUAUGUAAUAUAUUGCUGCAGAUUUUCUUAUGUAAAGUGUAUAAUAUAUAAAUAUUGCGCCGAUGCUCCGGUCUGAGAGCAGAUUAUUUAUUUCCGAAAUCAGACGCCGCCGU